ACCCUGUACCCUAAACGAAAAAAGUGGACCCGCCCCCUCCCUCGCACUUAUCACUCUGUGCCGAAGAAUCCAGAGAGAGACUGGUUUCUAUAAUUUACUGUGUGCAGCAAGGCAGGCAGUGUACUAGAUAGAGUAUUAGCAGUAGAGAGAGAAGCUGGAGCGAUCGACGCGACGACUUUAUUAUAGUAGAUUUAAUAGAUUUCUCUUUUUUCAUUCCAGAGUGUUCACUCGAAUCGAAUGGCUAUAAAUCUACUCAGAUUCCAUAAUUAAUGCGCCCGGUUUAUGUUACUCCUUUAGUGUUUAUAAAUCGAGUAGCAGAAAGAAAGUACUCCUAUAUUGUUGCUUUGUUUGUUUCGUAGGGUUUGUUUAUAACUGUGUCCGAUGAACGCGGCUGGGCGCGGCGGAGGUACGGUGGCUGCUGACCAGCCACCGGCGUCCUGUGGUAAUGCAGGUUCGGUUCUCGACGGCGGAAUGGUGUCAGGUGAGAGAAACACUUUCUUUCUUGAUAGCGGUAGAGGUUUUGUUGAUUCUAGGUCUGUUGACUUUAUGAUUGGGAAUGGAAAUAAGAUUGGGAAUGGGAGUAGGAACGAUAAUGCGGAUAUUAGGGUUAGGGUUAACCCAAUUCUGCACAGGUUUAGUCAGUUUAACAAUGUGGGUGGGAGUCCUAUGAUUUACGGCGGGUUAAUUCCCACUGAAGUUGCCGGGGAAGAAGAAAGUCCUUCUCUUGCCGGUGGUGGCGAGGGUUUUGAAACACCGGAGGGAACUGCAAAGCGAAGGGUUGGUAGACCAAAGGGUUCGGGGAGGAUUGGUAGACCAAAGGGUUCAAGGGAUAAAAUGAAAAUUCUUGGUGGUAAAGAGGUUAAGAGAAUUUCUAAGAAGGGACUAAAGCUCGGUAGACCUAAGGGUUCCAAGAAUAAAAAGAAGAUUUUUGAUGGUAAAGAAGUUCAGGGUUCGAUUUCGAGUCUUGGAGGAGUUAAUCAAGGGGCUAGUCAAGUUCCUAGAGGAAGUGGUGAGCAAAAAGAGGUUAUUGAAACGAAGAAGAGGUCAAGAAAGAUCAAGGGGUUUCAGAGUAAAAAGAAGAUUCGUGAUGGUAAAGAAGUUCGGGGAAUGUCUAUUGAAGGGGUUAAUCAGGGGACUAAUGAAGUUGCUGGACGAGGUGGUGGUGGUAAAAAUGUGGCUAUUGAAGGGAAGAAGAAGUUUGUAAGGCCUAAGGGGUUAAAGAACAAGAAGAAAAUGGCAGCUGAAGUUGCUGGGGGUAAUACUAAUGGAAGUAGCAGUUUUAAGCGGAGGGGCAGGCCAAAGGGUUCGACGAAGAACAAGAAAAUUCUUCCAGUUGAAGGAAAUCAAGAGAUGUCGGUUGAAGUUCCUUCUGGCAAUUUCAGUGUAUACAUGACUGUCAAGCGUGGCAGGCCAAAGGGUACAAAGAACAAGAAAAUUCUUCCAGUUGAAGAAAAUCGAGGAAUGCCAAGUGAACUUGGCAUUGCUAGGAAGAGAGGUAAGUUGGGAAGGCCAAAAGGAUCAAAAAAGCGGUUACUAGUAAAGAUGGGUAAUGAAGACGGAGCGAUUGGUUCUAAAGAUGACGGUGUAGAUGAGGACCAGAGUUCCAAGAAUGAGGCUUGGAUGGUGACUGGUAAAGAAGAUCAGAUUAUGCUUGACGCCAGUGUGGAUUUAAGUGAGGCCUGCAAAUUUUUCUUCACAAAUCACAGUGGUGAUAUGAAAAGUGUAGACCCAAUUGAUUCUGCUAAUGGGGAUUUUGUUCAGGUGACUGAAACUUCCCUGGAAAAUGAUAAGGGAGACGAGUCUGUAACUACAAAACGAAAGCGUGGACGACCACGUGGAUCUGUGAAGAAACCGAAGUUAAUGGUAGCUGGUGAAGUCUUGAGUUCUAGAAAGGAGGUGAAAGAUUUGGUUGUGAACAUGGGCAAUGAAGAGUUAUUGGAUGAAUCUAGUAACACUCAGAAAAGGGGUAGAGGAAGACCAAGAAAGAAUGCAGAUGAACGUUCAAAGCUCAUAAACACUGCGGAAGAAGACGGAUUGUUGAAUUCAGGACCGGCGGAUUCGAAGAAAGAGCAGGGGAGUUUGAUGUGUCACCAAUGCUUCAAGAGCGAUAAGAAUGACGUUGUCUCUUGUUUAAAUUGCAAAAGGAAACGCUACUGCUAUGAGUGCCUUGCAAAAUGGUACCCAGAGAGAACAAGGGAGGAACUUGAGAAUGCAUGCCCAUUUUGUUGUGGCAAUUGCAAUUGCAUUGCGUGCCUACGAGGUGAUGUUGUUGUAAAGGCUAGUUACAAAGAAGCAGACGAGAAUAUCAGACUGCAAAGAUCAAUAUAUUUGCUACACAAAACUCUGCCCCUCCUCCGGCACAUCCAAGGGGAGCAGAAUUCUGAGCUAAAUGUGGAAGCUGGCAUACGUGGUGUUCAAAUGACUGAAGCAGAUAUAGAAAAGUCUAUACUUGACGAAGAUGACAGAGUGUAUUGUGAUAACUGCAGCACAUCGAUUGUCAAUUUCCACCGAAGCUGCCCAAACCCUGAUUGUUCAUACGAUCUCUGUCUCAGUUGUUGUUGGGAACUGAGAAAAGGUUUUCAGCCCGGAGGUAAAGAGGCAGACUCCUCGAUUCAUCAGUUGUUUGAGAGAUCUUGUGAAAAGGGUAAAGAAAUGAAGGGUGAGUUUUCUCCCCAACAGCAGAUCUCUGGUUGGGGGGACCACGAGGCCAUUCUAGUAAAUGAUUCUACAGCUAAUAUGUCCUGUGAAUUUCCUGAUUGGAGAGCAAAAACAGAUGGUAGCAUUCCUUGCCCUCCAAAGGAGCGGGGAGGUUGUGGUGCUGGAAUAUUGGCACUGAGACACAUAUUCGAAGCCCAUUGGGUAGAAAACCUAAUAAGGAGUGCAGAAGACCUUGCUAUCAAUUAUCAGUCGCCAGAUAUUGAUUUUUCUCAGGGAUGUUCGUUGUGCCUUCAUACAAGUACUUCAAGAGGUGAUGGGAAGGAUUCUGGAGUAAGGCAGGCAUCUUUUAGGGAGAAAAGCCAUGAUAAUUUGCUAUAUUCUCCAAAUGCUGUUCACUUGGGAGAUAGUGACUUCGAGCAUUUUCAAAUGCAUUGGAUGAGAGGUGAACCUGUUAUAGUUAAAAAUGUACUUGCAAAGACAUCUGGUCUUAGUUGGGAACCAAUGGUCAUGUGGAGGGCUUUCAGAAGUGCAAGCAGGAAAUUGAAAGAGGAGAGCUUUUGUGUUAAGGCUAUUGAUUGCUUGGAUUGGUGCGAGGUUGAGAUUAAAAUUCAUCAGUUCUUCAAGGGUUAUUUAGAGGGUCGUAGGCAUCGGACUGGGUGGCCUGAGAUGUUGAAGCUGAAGGAUUGGCCACCAACUAAUUCAUUUGAGGAAUGUUUGCCGAGGCAUGGCGCUGAAUUUAUUGCCAUGCUUCCUUACAGUGAUUAUACUCACCCCAGAACUGGUCUUCUGAAUCUUGCUACAAAGCUUCCUGAUGGUGCUUUGAAGCCGGACUUGGGUCCCAAAACAUACAUUGCUUAUGGGUCUUCAGAAGAGCUUGGUAGAGGUGAUUCAGUGACUAAACUUCAUUGUGACAUUUCCGAUGCGGUGAAUGUACUGACACACACAGCUGAGGUGAAGAUCGCUCCAUGGCAACAGAAAAUCAUCAAAAACUUGCAGAUGAAAUAUGAAGCAGAAAGGUUGGCCGAGCUUCGUCGCAGAACAAAUGAUGCAUUGGGCACACGUGAAAGUAUGCCACCAAAACAAUCUCAGGAAAUUGAAAAUUUGGAUUUUGUAUCAGCGGAGGAAUCAAAAAGUAGUCAGAGAGACUCUUUUUUACCGGAAACCCUGAAUGAAGAGAAGAAACUGGGCGAGGAACCUUUCUUAUCAGACACGAGGACGCUGCCCUUCUUAGACUCCGUUGGUUUUCAAACUCAAUGUGUUUUUGGAGGUUUGAAUAAAGCCGAAGAAUCCAUAUCAGUUUUUCCAGAAAGCGGAAGACAUUGUGAAGGGACAAGUGAUUUUGAUACUAAAUCCAGUAAGUCAAAGCCAAUCAAUUAUUCUCAACCCUGUGGUGUCAACACAAUGAAGCCCAUCAGAAAUGAAGAUGAGGUGGCAGCCUUUUUGGACGACAAACCUGUCAGUGCAGCAUCAAUGAGAACAGAGUCGGGUCCAGAGGAUGACACGUUUCAAAGCAACAGUUGUUCAGAGGUUGAAGAAGGAGGUGCUGUUUGGGACAUCUUCCGUCGGCAGGAUGUGCCCAAGUUAAUCGAAUACCUAAAGAAGCAUUGGAAAGAAUUACGCCACAUCGACAAUCGCCCUGUGAAUUCUGUUGAUCAUCCUAUUCAUGACCAGACCUUUUAUUUGACUGAGAAGCAUAAGAAACAGCUGAAGGAGGAAUUCAAUAUAGAACCUUGGACAUUUGAGCAAUACCUUGGAGAGGCUGUGUUCAUUCCUGCUGGAUGCCCACAUCAAGUGAGAAACAGACAGUCCUGCAUUAAAGUGGCCCUCGACUUUGUAUCCCCUGACAAUGUUGAAGAAUGCAUUCGGUUGACAGAGGAGUUCCGCUUGCUUCCGAAAUCCCACAGAUCCAAGGAAGAUAAAUUGGAGGUGAAGAAGUUGGCAAUGUAUGCUGCAAUUCUAGCUGUUAAUGAAGCCAAGAGUCUGAUGUUGAAACUUGAGAACUAUUCGAAGAGCAAAUUCACAAUCCAUGAAAGCAACAAUAAUCUUAUACGAGUAUUAUUUGAAGACGUUGCUCGAUUCUUUUCUUCUUCUUUUUCCCGAAAUUGUUGUCAUUGUUGAUUAUUUUUCUACCUUUGUCGUACUUGCAGCUCGACGAACAGCGUGGGGCAAGACAGAUCAACUGUUGUAACUGAUGCCUCUCAUCAGUUGUAGACCCACUAUAAGGGCUCUCGUCAGAAAUCUUUGCUACAUUGUAUUCUGUUGUAAAUAAUGCAAUUUAGGUAGAUUUAUACUCUUCAUUUGGUAAUGAAUGCAACCAGCAUUGCAGUCUUUCUGCUCA